CAAGGUUAAUAGGUAAUAAUUAGAUUCUGCGAUGCACAAAUAAUUCUCAAACUCUUUAAAUUAUAUUUGCUAAAAAAUCACUCAGGUUAAAACUAACUCUUAUGAACUUAAGCGUGUCCUUAUCAACUUCUCGAAUGAACAACCUUACGCAAUCAAAAUGACUAUGGAAAAUAUGUUUCAUUCCCACUUUUAGUCACACUAACAUUAUAAAUAUGUUGAUAAACUGACAAGUCAACAUUUAGUGGGUGUAUUUUGAGCAGCAGACACGCAAUGGCUCCAACUCUGCAUCUAAUUUACGGUAGUCCUCCAGUAAGAGCUGUUCUAAUAACGGCUAAAGCCAUAGGAUUAACUUUAAACGAAAACGAAAUUAACCUUUUUGGUGGCGACCAUCUUAAGCCGGACUUCUUGAAGCUUAAUCCUCAACAUACUGUUCCCACACUUGUUGAUGAUGAUGGUUUUGCUAUUUGGGACAGUCAUGCGAUUAUCACAUACUUAGUUUCAAAAUAUGCCAAAAAUGAUGCUUUGUAUCCUAAGGACGUAAAAAAAAGGGCAGUGGUAGAUCAAAGGUUGCAUUUUGAGUCGGGAACUGUCUUUGCUCGACUAUUGAGAAUCACUAGACCGAUACUUUUCGAAGGCAAGACCACAAUAGAUCCAAAAGAUAGAGAUAAUAUUUUGGAAGCUUAUGGAUUUUUAGAUGUUUUUCUCAAUGGGAAGCAAUGGGUUGCGGGUGAUUUUAUCAGUGUAGCUGACUACAGUUUAGUGUCAUCGAUCAGUAGUUUGAAUAUACUAAUUCCCAUUGAUGCACAAAAAUAUCCGAAUGUGAUUGCAUGGUUGAAACGAAUGGAAGCACGACCGGAGUAUGCUGCUAAUGUAAAAGGUUUGGCAGAUUUUGCUACUUUAUUUAAAAGUAAAUUGUCAUAAUACUCAUUAUUUUUGAAAUAAAUGAUAUAAAGUGUG